AUGCGACUUCUUUCUUCCGCCCCGCGAAAGUUGUUACAAUCCAGUGUCCGAUCUUCUGCUCGCACCAUGACCACCGCCGCCGCUGUACCCCGCAUUCCUAUUCCUGUCAACCUGGAGGUGAGCUCUCCGGAAGGACAACCGGACCGGUAGGGACCGGUAGAGACCGGUAGUUAAUACGUUGAUGCCUCUCCACGCGGGGCUUAUGUCAUCGACGAGCGAGCACUGACUGGCCCUCGAUGGACCGGGACUUUGCGAGCUGACCCGCUUGGCGCUUUGUGUUUCGGUCUUGAUAGAUCACUUCGGAUUCUAUCUGCCCAUUCUGUUUCAUUGGCUACAAGCGCAUCACGUCCGCGAUUGACCGGGCUACGGCUUUGGGGCUCCCACUCGACUUCGCGAUUUCCUUCGCGCCAUUCCAGCUCGACCCUACUUUGCCAAAGUCGCCCGGUGAAUCCAAGAAGGAGCGCUAUGUCCGCCGCUUCGGGGACAAGUUCCAUCAGAUGGAAGCUCAGAUGAAAGAGCGUGGCAAAGCCGAAGGCAUCAACUUCUCGUACGACGGGCCCGUCUCGGCGACCGAGGACAAUCACCGAAUGAUUAUGAAGGCACGAGAGCUGGGGGGCGAGGCAAUGCAGAAGAAGUACGUCGAGAGGGUGUUCAGCUCGUACUUUGAGGAAGAGAAAGACCCAGGAAGCUUCGACGUGUUGGCCGACGAUGCCGAAGCGGUGGGCAUGAUGACCAAGCAAGAGGUAUGUGUGACUCGAAGGAGCCGGCGUUGCCUGGGCAAACUCCAGGUCGGGGCUUGGUCUCGAUAGGGUUGGUGGCCUGCCCCUUUCAAAGUGGCUUAUUAACUAUCUACCAUUACACCCACCAGGCACUCGACUUCCUCCAUUCGGACAAACUCAAGGCGGAGGUCAAGCUCGGAAUUCAAAAGGCCCAAGCCCGAGGCAUCUCCGGCGUUCCCUUCACCAUUAUCAAUCGUCAGCCAGUUCAUCUCGCCGUCUCAAAACGUCCAGAAUUUCAUUUCAUAUCCCUUCUUCCAACGCAUCGUGCAGACAAACUGGCGAUUUCGGGCGCGCAAGAGACCGACACAUUCUUCGAUGUGUUCAAGCGCAUUGCUUCUGGGGAGCUCAAGCCCUGA